AAAAGGUACUGCACAUGAAUUUUUUUUACAUUGGCAAUUCAGCGGUUAAUAUGUCAAACUCCAGCACUGCCAACCUGCUAGUGUCCUUAACUUGUAACAUAUUAGAUAUAUCAAUGAUAUAAAGUUACUUGGAUAAAGGGGUCUGCAAAGUAGCCUACUGUUAAUGUAAGCAAUAAAACAAUUAGAAGUUAUCUGUCAUAAAUACUUAAAACACUGAUAAUAUAUUUCCAUAAGAUGCAUGCUCUAUGGAGUACAAAGGACAAUGAGGCAGUUGUAGCAGCCUUCCAAAAUGAUGGGAGUCCCAGUACAGUUGUUUUAAGGCUGAUGGAUUAUAAAACACUGUACCCGCAUGAAUGGCUGUGUGGAGAGGUAAAAGAAAUCCAUUGACUUUAGUUUAAAAAGAGUAAAUUCUCUCUCUUUUACUUCAGACAACCAUUUACUGUCACUUUUGAAUUAACAAAUUGUUCUGACUUUAAUUACAUUUCUCCCCUACUCAUCAACUGCACAAACCUCAAGACAAUUGAUUACUACCUCCAGCUUGUGAGGACACGCACUAAGACAGCAAAACAUAUUUUCAUAAUGAGCCAUUAUACAGUUGGUGUCAUUAUGCAUGGAACAAACGAAGUAGUACGGCGGCAAACAUUGUCCAAGGUGAACUUUGAUGACUACACUGCUGUGAUUGGGGCCCUGAAUGAGUCCAAUCACUGGACGCUGAUGUUUAUGAAUGCUACCACAAAAACAAUCAUGGUUAUUGAUCCUCUGGGGGUCAAUGAAGAGAAGGCUUCUGCGAAGGCGGCACAGCGUUUCAGACUAUACUUCCAGAUGCGCCACAAUGUUCUAGGGACACUGGAGUGGUCUGGCAUCAGGUGGAGGCAUGUAACAAUUGAACACAGCAAACAGCUGGAUGGCAACAGCUGUGGGCUUUUUGUGAUGAAGAUUGCAGAGGACAUCAUUGCAAGUUACCCAGAUAUUCCACAGUGUAUAAACAUAGAUGCAGAACGGAAAGGCAUUGCUGAGCUGCGCCAAAGAAUGGCAACAGAUAUUCUGGCUUUCUCCGAACCAGUGUCUGACUUCUGCCAACUUUGUGGCCUGAAGGAAACAGCAGCAAAGUCAAAAUGGAUCCAAUGUGACAAGUGCAUGUUGUGGACACAUGUGAAAUGCACAGACCUCACAGAACAGGAAAUUGACACCAUCAGUAACCCAAACAAAACAUGGUUUUGUAUAUGUUGUACAUAAUAUGUAAAAACUAACAUUGUGAAUUUUAUUAAAUUAUUGUUUUAUUGUUUAUUAAUAAUUGUAAUUUGUUAAAUAUUAUGUUACUGUUCUAUUUCAUGUAAUGUUUAAACUACACUAAUAGUUCAUUGUAAUAAAAUGAUGUUCAACUUUCAACAUAACAUUUUUGAACUUUCA